GGCACCGUUUGGCACUGACCACCACUGCCUAUUAGCAUUCUCGACUUGCGAUGGAAACAGCAUCUGUGCCCAAGGUUGAUGAAGAAAAGCUUCGUCACGCCAGGCGUGUCAAUCUCAAGGAGUUGAACCUGCGUAGGGACACCCAGGAGUCUUCAAAGCUUGAUCAUUCUCUCAGGCGGCAUACCGCUCUUAUCAAGCGCAUGCGUCAAUCCAUCGGCGUAGAUAAUCAUGACCAGGUGCUCAAGGACAUCGAUUCCCUCUCACUCGAAAAGUACACCGACGAGAUCGCGGGUGCUGCCGUUGAGGGUAUCACACGUUGUAAAACAGACAGGGAUGUAUGGGCCGCGGUCGAGGUCGUAUGUUCUUUACAUCGGCGGUUUCCAACCUCAUUUACACCAGUACUGGUAAACCUACUCUCCUCGUCUCUAGCAGCUCCGACCAAGGCGGCACUUUCGGCACUGACCCCUGAUCAACGUGAGAAGGAAGAUGUUGUACGAGUAUCACGACAACGUCCUAUCCUUCGAGUAUGCUCUGAGUUGGCCCUGGUGGGGGUCAUCAGAGAUUCUCCGACCAGCAGUGGUGCGGAAUGGAUAAUGAAAGUUAUCAAGGAAUUAUUAUCUAAUGAUCCAUCGUUGUCCUCCCUCCCGCUACUCUCUACCUUCCUGAAAUCAUAUGGAAGGUCGUAUUUGGGCAUUACCACUUUGCAAAGUAAACAAAUGCCUGGCGACGCCGAAUCUAGCAGAGCAACGGAUGAGGCGAGGAACGCUGCUAUUGUAGCCUCUGGUGAAGGAGAGGAACUGGUUGAGCAAGACAUGAGAGACCGCUUCAAGCGAAUGUGUGAAGGGUACUUUGAAAAUGUUGCCAAGAAACUUGUCAUCGAGCAUAAGCGCCUACAAGAGCAGGAUCGCCGGAAUCACGAAGCCUACAUCCGCUCAGGAGAGAUAUUCGAGGACAGGCAACAAGCAUAUGAGAGGAUGACCAAAGGAUACGAGAAACUAUUUGCAAGUUGCCAGACCCUUUCUGAGUUACUCAACCUUCCAAUGCCGGCGUUACCAACCGCUGCUCAGAAGUCAGACUCUAUCCAAAUUGGCAGCAACAUAGGUUCAGGCGCUGGCGAUGACACCGACAUCGCUUUUACCACAUCCGGAGGGAAGUGGGAAGAUGAAGAAGAGCGCAAGUUCUUCGAGGAUAUCCAGGACCUCAAAGAUUUCGUGCCCAAGAAUUUCCUUGGUAUUGACGCUGAAGAAAAAACAGAUUCCGAAGAAAAGGAGAAAGCCGAAAAAGAGAAAGCUGAAGAGGAGGCAAAGAAUGUCGCAGCAGAGCUUAAAUCCCUCGAAACCAACGGAGACGUUCAUGUCAGUAACGUUUCGUUGGCAGAGCCAUCAGAGCCGGUAGACAGCACCGUGACGCCCAUCCCGAUGUCACCGAAAUUGUCUAGCCCCCCGCUAUCUCCCCAGCUGGCUCCACAAGGGCCUACGCAACUUCUAACUGCCUUACUGGCUCGAUUACCUGACGCGACAAAUCGUACUUUAAUUGACCAAGCCGCAGUUGAAUUUGCCUUCCUUAAUUCGAAGGCUGCCCGAAAGAGAUUGAUCAAGUUUUUGUCUAACGUUCCGAAGAACCGCACCGAUCUACUGCCACACUAUUCCAGACUUGUGGCCACCUUGGAUAAGUACAUGCCUGAUAUUGGAUCUGAAGUUGUUGCUUCUCUUGAAGAGGAGUUUCGGUACUUGCAACGGAAGAAGAACGUAGUGAAAGAAUUCUCUGAACUUCGCCUCAAGAAUAUUACUUUUCUAUCUAACUUGACCAAAUUUCGGGUUGUACCAACACAUGUUAUCCUACACAUCCUCAAAGUCUGUCUGGACGACUUUUCUGGUACAAACGUGGAGAAUGUUGCGCUUCUGCUUGAAGGAUGUGGUCGAUUUCUAUUGAGGAGUGAAGAAACUAAAGAAAGGUUCAGUACUAUGCUCGAACUCAUGAGGCGCAAGCAAAGUAUGCAACACUUCGACCAGAGGCAAAUGCUAUUACUUGAGAACGCCUACUAUCAGUGCAAUCCUCCAGAGCGUCCGCCUCUCGUUGAGAAAGAGAGGACCCCCAUCGAACUGUUCAUUCGCCAUCUCGUUUACGACGUACUUUCAAAGAAGACGAUUGACAAGGUUCUAAAGCUCAUUAGAAAGCUUGAUUGGGAUGAUCCGACCGUUGGGCAUUCGCUUCUCAAGGUCUUCACCAAGCCGUGGAAGCUCAAGUAUAGUAACAUCAGUCUUCUUGCGAUGUUGACAUAUGAUCUGCAGCGAUACCACCCUGCUUUUGCCGUUGCUGUCGUGGAUCAAGUAGUGGAAGAUAUUCGAGUGGGGUUGGAAGUAAACUUAUAUAGCGUUAACCAGCAACGGGUGGCGACCGUGAAGUAUUUGGGUGAACUAUACAUCUACCGGGUGGUAAACUCCAGUUUGAUCUUCGACACUCUGUGGUUGUUGGUCACAUUUGGUCACCCGGACGGUCAUCCAUCACUUCGUCAACCUACACCAUUGGACAUGCCUGACGACUCCUUCCGCAUUCGUUUGGUCUGCGUUCUACUGGACGCGGUUGGGAUGUGUUUCGACCGAGGACGCCAGAUGAGAAAGUUGGACAACUUCCUAGUUUUCUUUCAGUACUACGCACUCUGUAAGGAAGAGCUACCAAUGGAAGUAGACUUCAUGUUGUCCGACUCUCUGGAAGCUGUUCGCCCGAACCUUUCAAUGCCGAAGUCGAUCGAGGAGGCCGCUAAGGCCGUGGAUGACGUGUUCAACACUGUGAUGCAAAACGCAGGCUUCACACAGGAAAGCGAAAGUGGUGAGGAAAGCGACGAUGGUGAUGACAGCGAACGGCCCCGAGAAGAAGAUGAUGAUGACGACGACGGAAGCGCUGCUGGCCAAGGAUCCGCCGAGGAUGAACGUGCACCUUCCCCGGAACCUGUGGUCGUGUUAUCCGCCCAAGAACAUCUAGGUCCCUCUCAGGAAGCAGAUGAAGAGUUCGCGAAAGAACUCGCCAAGAUCAUCACCGAAUCCUCCGCUGAGUCUAGGAAGAUCGACAAGAAGAGCGCAUGGUGGGAUACUGCCGUUCUGGGCCCUGGUGCGCGAAAGAAACGUGUAGACGAAGCAGAGCAAAAUGUCGAGGGUGACGCCGACCAUCCCAACGGAUCAGUAAUGAACUUCACUGUGAUUACGCGAAGGGGCAACAAACAGCAGACUCGAAACUUAGCUGUCCCUGCCGAAACAGCCCUUGCCGUCCACACGCGCUCGGCACAAUUGCAAGAUAAAGUAGAGCAACAGCACCUUAAACGGCUAGUGCUGAACUACGAACAAAGGGAGGAAGUUGAAGAACUCAAGGCCCUAGAAACCCGUAGCCGAGCAGGUCAAAUGAAGAUACGUCUGGCUGGCUAGCACUCGCAGUGACAUCCACGUUUCAGCUAAGACGAGACUCGCCUCAUCGGAUCACAACAGCUUAUCUGCCCCUCGUCAUGUCGGAGGCCAAUCGGGCUUUGACCUGCGGGAUACUUUGGUGUCACCGAAAGCUUUGAAGCGAACGGUAGACCAGAACUUCUCGCCCAUGGCCCGAGCCUCGCCUCCAUGUAUCACCUAUGUAAGGUGAUGCUUGACGUAGUCUCAACUCGGCUUCGAAUGUAGACUACAAGUACUAGACUGAGUUUGUUGGUUAGUUCUUUCGAUUCAGUGCUGCCUUUUGAAUGUACGUACAUAGUUCAUUUUCGAUCCCAAUAGUUGCGACCA